AUGACAUCAUUAUUAAUACCUACUUUAUCAGAUGCUACUCUUAUUUAUACUCCUUUAGUUUAUGUUAUAUCUUUAAUAACUAUAUUUUAUGUUUCUUUAAUAACUUUAAGACAAACUGAUUUAAAAGUUAUUAUUGCUUAUAGUUCUAUAAGUCAUAUGGCUGUUUGUAUUUUAGGUAUAUUCUCUAAUACUUUAACAGGUAUAACUGGUAGUUUAUUAUUAUCUUUAGCUCAUGGUUUAGUUUCUCCUGCUUUAUUUAUUAUUGUAGGUGGUAUUUUAUACGAUAGAUAUCAUAAUAGAUUAGUUUAUUAUUUCCAAGGUUUAAUAUCUUAUAUGCCUAUCUUAUCUAUAUACUUUAUUUUAUUAAGUUUUGCUAAUAUUGGUACUCCUUUAUCUUUAAACUUUAUAGGUGAAUUCUUAUCAUUUACUGGUGCUAUAGGUAAAUCUCCUAUCUUAGGUUCUUUAGCUGCUUUCUCUGUUUUAUUAUCAGCUUGUUAUCAAAUGAAAUUAACUAAUAGAUUAACUGGUGGUAUUAAAUCUCCUUAUAUUAAUCUUACUGCUGAUUGUACUUAUAGAGAAACUAUACUUAUGUUAGCUCUUAUUAUACCUACUAUCUUCUUAGGUAUUUUCCCUAACUUCUCUAUCGAUUUCUUAUGA